GAAAUAAUCAUCAUUCGAACGGUGGAAGUUCAUUGAAGAAGUUUAGUUCCAAAUCGAAUACAUUUGUUUUAUUUGUUUUAUUACAUUGUACCAAUUUUUCGCAGAAUUUUUGAAAGAAACGAAAAAACUCAAUCAAAAUGAAGGCCUGCGCAAUUGUCAGCGUUUUGUAUUUCAUUUCAUUAGUAUCGGCAUUGCCAGCUCGAAAUGGAAUGUUAUACUACAACAUGCCAUACUAUCAUCCAUACCAUCAAGCAAUGUUUGUGCACUAUGCACCAUCUCAGUAUGGCCGUUCAGCUGGUAGUACAAGUGCAUUUGCCCUAGGUGAUUCUAUAGCUGCUGGAACUGUAGUUAGAGAAAAUCAAGUUCCCGCUGAGGAUGUCCCACAUGCUGUUGCUCAAGAGCAAUCGUCCAAUGAUGGUAAUGUUGAGGCCAUUGCUGAAGCCUAUCCAGAAGUACCUAUUCAAGGAACUGUUCAAUUUGAUCAAGGUGAAGAUCAAUACAAUGAAGUUGUUCCGUUGAAUGUCGUACCAGCAGUUUCCGAAACACUUAAUGACUCCACCGAAAAUAUUGCACCUGUUGUUCCACUUGCUCCAUUUACCCCAGAACCAGAAAGUAAAGUUAUUGCUGCUGAAGAGCCACAAGUACAAGUGCAACCAACAACAGCACCUGAAACACCAAAGAAGAAGGUUCAUAUUGCUCUUGACAUCCCAGAAAAGCACGAUGAAAAUGAAUAUGAUGUUGAAGAUGAUGAUCAAUACGUACCACAAAAGCCAGGCAAACCAUUAAGAAACGGAGGAUCGCCAGUUUACACCUUUUUCCCAGUUAGCUUUGGACGUGCUGCUGGCGGUACAAUUGCCGUUGCAAAUGCCUAUUCAACUGGUAAAGGUGCUGUUCGAUCACAUGCAAUCGCAUACGGUUCAAAUGGCACAUCUCGAAGACAACAAUCAACUGAACGUCAUACUGCUGUAUAAAAAAAUAAACAGCAGUCACCAAUAUUUUAUGUUGUAUCUGAAAUUUGAAAUUAAUACGAAAACGACCAUUUUGGAAAUGCAAUUAAUAAUUUAAUAGAAAAUGCCAAAUUAUGGCACGAUUUUGACGAGUAUUAAUGCAAAAGUGUGAACCUCAUUGUAAAAAACACUUGUUACCAUUAUUUUUACCUACUGUCUUUUGCUCGAUUAACUUGACAACAUUGAUACGUAAUCCUCAAUAAUAAGAAUUCAUUAGAAAUUGUUCUUGCUUAAGUUCUAUUCAAUGUUCAAUUAUAGAAUAAAUUAAAUUCAAAAUAAAAUUA